GGGUUCUGUGAUCUCCUGCUCUGGUGGCGGGUGUGCCCUGAGAGGUCUGGAGAAGAUUACUGAGACGUUUCAAAGGAAGCCGGCACCCAGGCAGGACGUGAGGACCGAGACUCACCGACUGCGGCCACUUCCCGAGGGGCUGGGGGCGCGCCAGUUGGAAGGUGGGAGGCGGAGUUGCCCGGCUUCUGGGAUGAGACCAAAGGAAUGAGUAAUUGGAAAUUCUGUGACAGACCCAAACCCUUUAGCCCUUUCACCCCGAACCCCCUGCCGAGAGGCAAGGGGACUGGAGACAAGGAGACGUGGUGGAGGGAGAAUCACGUUUCGGAGAGGGAAGUGAAAUAAAGAGGGCGGCACCCGGGGGGACCUGUGCGUCAUUGAGGGACCGAAGAGAAGCGAGGGCGCACGGGGUGGAAAAGGGGAAGUGGGAGCGAGAAGCGGGAGGGGGCGGCCGCGUAGCGCGGUGGAGCCCCGCGAAGCGCCGGAGCCUCCAGCCUUCUCCCGCCGCGCCCCGGCUGCCCGCAGCCUUGCGCUCUCGCCGCGACCCUCCGCGCUCCGGAUUCCGCAGGCUGGGCGCCCGCCGCGCGCAGAAUGUGGCCUCGGACGGGACUCCGGCCCCGCACGCCCUGGCGCUGGGCGCUGGCGCUGCUGACCCUGGGCGGCGCGGGGCUGGGCCACCCCGGCCCGCAGCCCAAGCACCCCGCGAGGCCCGGCUCCAGGAACAAGAACUGGUGCGCCUACAUCGUGAACAAAAAUGUGAGCUGCUCUGUGCUGGAGGGAAGUGAGAGUUUUAUUCAGGCUCAGUACAACUGUGCCUGGAACCAGAUGCCCUGCCCGUCAGCGCUGGUGUAUCGCGUGAACUUCAGACCCAGAUAUGUCACCAAGUACAAGCAGGUGACACAGUUGGAAUGGAAGUGCUGCCCUGGCUUUAGAGGAGCAGACUGCCAAGAAGGUCCCAGAGACCCCAUGAAGACUCCACGCCCCACGCCCGCUCGGCCUCGAAACAGCUUGAAGAAACCCACAGACAAUGAACCAAGCCACGUCUCAGAGCCCAAGAAGACUUUGUCACUAACUCCAGCAGCAGAACCAAGUCAGACAGUAGAUCCAAAGCAGGGUCCCCAAGAACUUCAGGAUAAGAAAAUCCAGGUGCUUGAGGAAAAGGUUCUUCGACUCACAAGGACGGUUCUUGAUCUCCAGUCUUCCAUUGCUGGAGUGAACGAAAACCUCAAACAUAGCAUUCAAGAUGAUGCCAGCAAAAUGCUGGCAUCAUGGCUUAGUAACAUGCACCCCCAGCCAGUGCCUGACAGUGCUAUUGGUGGAGAUACAGAAAUAGUCCAGCUUCCUGGUGUCCUCAACAAUACGGAAUCUGGCAUGAAGGACAUUAAGUCUGAAUUGGCCGAAGUCAAGGAUGCUCUGAGGACCAAGAGUGACAAGCUGGAAGAGCUGGAUGGGAAAGUGAAGGGUUAUGAAGGGCAACUCAAACAGCUCCAGGAGGCUUCCCAGGGCCCCAUAGUGACCAUGGCGACCAGCGAAAUCUACCAAGCUUAUGUUGAUAGUAGGAUUGAUGCCCUGAGAGAGGAGAUCAUGGAGGGAAUGGACAGAAAGCUGGCUGAUCUGAAGAACUCGUGUGAGUACAAGCUGGUUGGUCUCCAACAGCAGUGUGAUGACUAUGGGAGCAGCUACCUAGGAGUGAUCGAGCUUAUAGGAGAGAAGGAAACAAACCUGAGAAAAGAAAUAGAUGACCUUCGAGCUCGGAUACAGGAUCCUUCAGCCCAGUCAAAUUGCUGCGAUGGUGAAAGGAGUGGUGACUUUGGGCAACAGAUCAAAAUAUUAGACCAGAAAAUCGAAAGAGUUACUGAAGCUACAAGAAUGCUGAAUGGACGAAUGGACAAUGAGUUUGACAGACUCAUAGUUCCAGAGCCAGAUGUGGACUUCGAUGCAAGAUGGAAUGAACUAGAUGCAAGGAUCAACGUGACAGAGAAGAAUGCAGAAGAACAUUGCUUUUACAUUGAAGAAACUCUCAGGGGGACCAUUAAUGGAGAGGUGGAUGACUUGAAGCAACUUUUUGAUCAAAAAAUACAGUCUCUGGAAAAGCGUCUGGGGAGCGUUCUCCUAGAGACGGCCAACAGCACUGAUGCGGAACUCGCACCCCCAUCAUCAGCCCUACCAGGUAUGUCAGGGGCUGGGGGCGAACAGGUCCUAAUGGAAUUAAACCGCUUGAAGGACAAAGUUCAAGUUGUCGAGGAUGUUUGCCUGCAGAACUUCCAGGGAGAGCUUCAUAGGACAAAAGAUACUUUGCCCCAUGGAGAAGACCACACAGUGGGUGACAGUUUGAGCCUUUUGAAAUCUCUAAAUGACACGAUGCAUAGAAAGUUUCAAGAAACCGAACAUAGCAUCCAGAAACUUCAACAAGAUUUUAGUUUUCUUUAUGCUCAACUAAACCACACGGAAGACGAUAUGAAUCAUCUUCAGAAUCAGCUGAGCAAGUGUAAAGAAGGUAAAAACGCUGGAGUGGGUGGAUUUUCUAAGGGGGGUGAGCGAGGAAGGGCGGUGGAAUCCCUCCCGUCUCCCCAGGCCCCCGUGGCGCAUUGCUGUGGCCAGCUGGAGGAGAGGUGGCACAGGCUGCAGAGCCAGGUCCGUUCGGAGCUGGACACGUGUAAGGAAAAUACGCAUGGGGUCCAGAGGGAGUUCUCCGUGGUUGAGGACAGGGUUUCUCAAAUGGAGAAAACCUGCAGCAAACUGGACUCCAUCUCAGGAAAUCUUCAGAGGAUAAAGGAAGGGCUUAACAAGCAUGUCAACAGCCUGUGGAGCUGUGUCAGGCAGAUGAAUGGGACACUCCGGUCACAUUCCAGAGACAUUUCUGGCCUGAAGAAUUCUGUCCAGCAGUUUUAUAGCCACGUUUUCCAGAUUUCUACUGACUUGCAAGAUCUGAUCAAAUUUCAACCAUCAGCAACAGACGAGCCCUCAGAAACGCCCCCGCCUCCGCCCCGAGGGAAGGCCCCGCAGGCCCCUGAGAGGCCUCCACAGCUGGCAGAGGCCCCCACGGAGCCAUCUCAUCCAGAGCUGACCCCUCCGUCACUGCCAAGGCCCGGUGCGCUCCCACCUCCCGAGGACCCUGAACAACGGCUGCACACAGGCCAGCAGCCUGUCCUGCCUGAGAGGCCACCACAGCUGCUGCCCCCACCAGCAUGGCCUAGCUGGACAGGGCUGCCGUUCUUGCCUGGCUCCACUGGGGUCAUUAUGGAGACUGGAGAGGCUGGGCCUCCGGGGAGGCUGGGCGUGUCCGGGAAGGGCCUGCCCCACGGGGUGGAUGGCCACACCAGGCAGGUGCCCAUUCCCAGUGCUGAAGGCUUCGCUGGAGCACCAGGAUACCCCAGGUCACCUCCUAUAGCCUCUCCAGGGCUUGUGGCACCUUCUCUGGUGUCUUUCUCUGCGGGGCUCACCCAGAAGCCUUUCCCCAGCGAUGGGGGCGUCGUCCUCUUUAACAAAGUGCUGGUCAAUGAUGGGGACGUGUACAACCCCAACACUGGGAUCUUCACGGCUCCAUACGAUGGGCGCUACCUGAUCACAGCCACCCUCACUCCUGAGAGGGACGCGUAUGUGGAAGCUGUCCUGUCGGUCUCCAAUGCCAGUGUGGCCCAGUUGCACACAGCCGGCUACAAGAGAGAAUUCCUGGAAUAUCACCGGCCCCAAGGAAGUUUGCACACUUGCGGGGGCCCAGGGGCAUUCCAUCUUAUUGUGCACUUAAAGGCAGGAGAUGGUGUCAACAUCGUGGUGACAGGGGGCAGGUUGGCUCACACGGACUUCGAUGAAAUGUACUCCACAUUUAGUGGGGUUUUCUUAUAUCCUUUCCUUUCUCACCUCUAGGGUGCAGGGGAAUGGGGGAAAAGAGUUGUAAGAACUGGAAAGCUUUAAUAUAUUCAGUUUAUGUAUGUAACUGGAACACUGGUCUAGUUUUCUAGACAUCCCACCACUUCCCCCAAGGUAAAGAAAGGCCUUACCUGGCUGUAGAGGCCACCAUACCUUAGAGUUCCCCAGCAGGCAGCAAGGAGUUCUCCAGCAAGGUUAACAUGGCCACCAGUUUGUCACUCCGAGGGAUAGCUGAAAAGUUGGACAUACCUCUACCUGUAAGUCAGGUCCUCCCUGUCUCUCACACUUCCGGCUCUGUGCCAAGGGGCCUGAGCUGGGCCUAUAGGGUGCCAACUGUGGAGACUCAAACUGCUACUCUGUAGGGCUGUCACAGAAUCACAUCCUGAUAGAGAAGGAAGAGCUGCUGGAUACAGGCCUGAGAAGAGGCGGGCUGGCCAAAAUUGGUACCUGUGGCUAGUCUACAAGAAAGCAAACCUGUCACCAACUAAGUUUAUUUACAUGGCAUGCAGGAGAGAAGUUUAAACACUGAAGUGCUGAAAUGGCACAUAGUACCACUCAGAGACCUGAGGUUUACAGUCUGGGCUGUCCCGGGUUUGGUGCACCACUGCUCACCCGAGCCUCUGCCCAGCUGUGCAGGGAUGCAUGAGACUGUAUCACUUGUUUGGCUCCUUGAAUGACAAGUACAAUUUAAGUGCAAAGACAGGGAGUGCCAAUAAAGAUGUAAAACCACUAAACCAUUUCAAGUUACUUACGUCUGGUGCCUUAUGGAUGGAGAGUUACUUAAAAGCAAACUGCAGAAAGGUAAUUGACUUUUCGAUGGCCAUAGAAAGUAAGCUUGAAUAAAUUAACCUCAACUGUUUACCCCA